GGCCUGGCCGUCCGCUGCCUGCCAUGGAGGCCCUCUGCGACGUCUGGGCGAGGCGGCUGGACGCCUUCCACGCCGAGCACCUGCAGCCCGACCGGGAGUUCCUCGCAAAGGCGCGCCGCGCCGUCCACCUCAUCUGCGGCUUCCUCAGGGAGCGCUGCUUCCAGGAGGCGCCCGGGGGCCGCGCGAAGGUGCGGAAGGUCGUCGUGGGAGGGUCGCUGGGAAAAGGCACAACAAUGAAACAGGGUUCAGAUGUUGACCUGGUGCUGUUUCUGGACGUCCUCAGAAGUUACACAGAUCAGGAAAGGGAGCGGAAGAGGAUCAUUGAGCUGAUUGAAAGUAAGCUCACCGAAUGCCAGAAGGAGCUGAAUUUGGAAGUCUCCUUUGAGAAGUCCAAGUGGCCCAACCCUCGUGUGCUCCAGUUCAGAUUGCAUUCAAAUGAGUCAGAGGAUUACAUUGACGUUGACGUCCUGCCAGCGUUGGACACCCUAGGCUCCCAAGCCAGUGUCAGCGGAGGGGUCGAUGCCCAGUCCCGCCUCACGCUCCGUCACAUCGCCGGUAGAGUGGUGGUGAAAGGAGCCAAAGGCCGUCGCACCGAUGGCCGGGUGCCCAAGGAGGGGUGUGAGUGUCCUGUCGGCACCGUCCUGGCUUCUCCGGUUUCCCUGCAGUCCCAGCAGAAGAUGCAGGAGGGCCCCUUCCCCAGGCCUCCUCAGGAGCCAAGCUGCUGCCAGUAUGACCGCUCCAGGCCCAGCGCUCAGAUGUACGUUGAUCUGAUCAGCACCGGUCAGCAUGGCCAGUUCUCUCCCUGCUUCACCGAGCUGCAAAAGAACUUCGUCGUGGAUCGUCCAACCAAGCUGAAGAACCUCAUCCGCCUGGUGAAGUACUGGUACAAAGAGUUGCCAGAGCAGAAGUCGGUACCCCCAAAGUAUGCGCUUGAGCUACUGACCGUCUAUGCCUGGGAGCAAGGAAGUAGACAGGAUUGUUUCAGCAUGGCGGAGGGUUUCCGGACGGUCCUUUGGCUCAUUGAGAGACAUACGCAGAUCUGCAUAUAUUGGACAAACUACUAUGGCUUUGAGAAUGAGAUCAUCAAGCAGCACUUACAUGCCCAGCUCAGUAAACAAAGGCCAGUCAUCCUUGAUCCAGCGGAUCCAACUGCAAACAUCGGAGAGGGAAAACGCUGGGAUCUGCUUGCAAAAGAGGCAACGUAUUCUGCUUCCCUGAGAUGCUGUCAGAACCCAGAUGGUUCUCUUGUUAAACCCUGGGUUGUGCCGGUUUCGCCGCCGGGGAAGCGCGGCGCGGGGCAGUUCUGUUUUCCUGCGAUGCUCCGCCCGCCGGACGCUGGAAAGCCGGGUGGACCGUAUAAAAGGAGGCGGACGGCGCCGGCGCAGCCAGUGCUUCUUUUGGGCGGAGCUGGGCGGCUCGAGGGACCGGCGGCCGGAGAUGCUUUCCAGGCGCUGCAACUGACCGUGAAACUCCUGACAGGCGAGCUUCACUCCGUGACUUCCUCAGCCUGCGCGACCGUCUGGGAUUUCAAAAUCCGGGUGAGGCACACGACUGCGGUGCCGCCCUACCAGCAGAAGCUGGCUUGCCAGAAGACCCACCUUGAGCUCCGGGAUACUGCCCAGCUCUCCGAGUACGGGCUGCAGACGGGAGACACCCUCCUGCUCAUCGUGAAGAACGAGGAGUCCAUCCCCAUCUUCCUGAGGAACCCCAACAGCAGAACCAGCACUUACCACGUCCUGCCUUCUGAUGCGGUGUUGCAGUUCCGAGCCCGAAUUCAACAGCAGGAGAAUGCCCAAGAGUUCUGGCUUUCGUACGAAGGGCAAACGUUGGAGGAUGGCCGCAAACUCUGCGAUUACAACAUUGCCCCGCAUGGCACCGUUUUUCUGAAUCCGCGCUUACGGGGUGGGGCGCCGAGCCUCUGUGGAUAGUUGCCCCCCCCCCCCGCCCCAUCACUGGUGGUGCUUCACAGCUGCUGGCUCUCACCCUCUGCUCCCCUCUCCUCUCUGCCACUGCCAAGCAGCCUCCCUUGCUCAGGGCUCAGUCCCUGGUAAUGACAGAAAUGACCCCGAUCUUGACCUGGUUUGGAUAUUGCUUAUAAGGACAUUCCAGCUUUUGUCUCUCUCCCCCCACCCCACCCCCACUACUUCUUUGGUCAGCCAUGUCAAGUGUUAACUUCAAAAUAUACAAGCCUGCUGCAGGUGGCUUCAGGAAUUCUGUAAUGUCAAUGCCUGGUGGGAUUGAAUUUGCCUGCCCCCCCCCCCCCAGCCCAAUUUCUUUUUGUGUCAGCCCAAGGGCAAGGAGUGACCCUGUUCCUGCAUCCUAC